GUAAAACGCGCGCCCCCCUCUUUGUUUCCUUCCAUCCAUGGUGACGAACGCUAACCUGAGGUCAUCGGCGCUCUUUUCAAACUUUUGCCACCGCUUAUAAAACGCUCUUUCUUGCCACACGCUCUCCUUAAAUCAUAUUUAUUGAUAUGAUAUUAACUCGUGUCAUGGGUUGGUUGUUAAGAUAGCAUCCAUUUCUGUCAUGCUAAAUAGUGGUAGCUGUCAGACUAAAGUGCUUCCUCGCGCCAAAGAAUGUAGAUUGAGUUAAAGCUUGACAUUUUUUUAAACUGUCAUGUUAAAUUAUUCUAAUACGCUGUUAUGGUGACCAUGCGGGUUGAAAAAGACCCUAAAAAAAUGUGUUGAUGACUUUUGGCUAACGUGAGCUAGCUAGCCAAGUAGUUUUGCAAACAGGCUCCAGUAGUGGUAGUUUAACACAUUGGCUCACGACUGUGCACAGUUUAGUGCUCGUUUUGGAAUCGGAAGUGUUUCUUUAGAGUCAUGGAGAGCAGCGCCGAGAGGAAAUUCGUUAACUUGAGGAGGCGUCUGGACCAGCUGGGCUACAGGCAUCCUCUGGGGAUUGAAAACCUGCCGCUCGUUGAGAAGCUUUUCAGUGAUCUGGUUCACACAACCGAAAGCCUGCGCAAUGCCAAACUCUCAGCAAAGUCAGAAAAACAAAGCCAAAAUUGUGACGUCCUCCUCGAGCCCUACAGAGCAGAUAAUGCAAGGCUGGUCAGGGAGAACAACCAGCUUCAUAUUGACCUCCUCAAGGUGAAGGAGGAGAUGGAGCACAUAACUCGAGAGCUGAAAAGCCGCAUCAGAAAACUGGACCAUGACAUGUGCGACCUGAGGUUCUUGAAUAAUCAGUACGCGCACAAGGUCCGCUGCCUGGAGAAGGACAGCAAAGCCAAGGCUGAAUGCAUUCUGCAGCUGCAGGAGAAAAACCUGCAAGCUGUGGUGCAGACGCCAGGUGGGAAAAAGCGUAGCAUCGCUUUCCGACGUCAGAGAAUGCAGACCGAUGAGCUCAUCCCUCCACCUGCGACAUCUGGGUACCCCGUGGCCCAACCUGACGAUCCAUACAUAGCAGAUCUCCUACAAUUGGCUGAUAACAGGAUUGUUGAGCUGCAGGAUGAAGUCACAAAAGUCACAUCGGAGCUAGACGAGUCCCAUGAAUGCAUACAACUCUUAAACACCCAAGUUAGUGAGAGGGACCAAGAGAUAGACCGUCUGAACCGCGUUCUUCAUGGAGGGCGACCUCGCGAUGCCGUCUCUUCGGAGGCUGAGAACGCCAGCAACGAGAAACUGAUCGCCCACCUCAACCUUCAGGUCGAAUACCUGCAAGAGAGCAACAAGGCACUAGAGCAGAAGGAGCUGACACACAUCGACGACCUGGCCAAGCGGAUGGAGAUGGAUAAGGAGAGAGCGUUGGAAAUGGCCGACCUGGAGUUGCGUAAUAAUAAAGAAGUUAUUCAAAGUCAACAAGAAGUCAUUGACGAUUUGGAGGAGAAGCUGAAAAAAAUAAGAGCGGAGCUUUCUGAGCGGGACUUUGAAAAAGGCUCUCAAGAAGAGCAGCUGCUGGAGCUCCGUCGGCAGAACGAGGCAUUGGAGGGAACGCUGGACUUCCUGGAGGCGGAGAAAAUCAGGCUGCAGGACAAAGUGGAGAAGAUGAUGGCUGCCGACAAAGAGAUGGUGCUGGAGCUGGAAGCCUUGCGAGCCAAACACGGCGUCUGCGGAAGGGAACGCUCGCCGUCGCGCCUGGACGCCUUCGUCAAGAGUCUUGAGGAGGAGCGGGACCGCUACCGUCAGGAAGCCGAACACUGCAGACGAGUCCGGGGAGCCGGCAGCCCCGCUCGUAGUCCGGUCCGGAGCAGGAGUCCGGCGGGCAAGGGAGGCGUUGCCGAGUCAGACUUGCUCACUUUGGGGAAGGAGCGAGACGAGCUGAAGGCGGCUCUGCAGGAUGUGGAGGUGCGCAUGGAGGACAUCCAGACCAACGUGAAAGCUCUCACUUCUGAGAGAGACCACUUCAAAGUUAUGUUUUACCAGGCGCAAGAGCAGCUGAAGGACGCCCGUCAAAGCUCAAGCACGUCCGAUGACGUCUUGAACCUGAAAGAGGAACUGAGGCUGGCAGAAAGUAAAAUCCUGCAGGUUAAGACAGAGCGAGACUUGCUGAUGGAGGAAUUUCAGGUUGGCCAGACAUCGGCUCUUCCAAAUGGACAUGGGCAAGAAAAGCGGAUACUCGACAUGCAGAAUGGCAUUCACAUUCUGGAACAGGAGAACUUAGAGCUGCGUUCACAGCUCUUCGCGCUAAAAGACAGCAAGCGGGACAUGGAGCAGAAGCUGGACGUCCAGUCAAGUGCGCUGCUUCAAAAUGCCGAAGAGGCAGCGCAGCACAGGAAAACGGCUUCUGCAUUGAGGCUGCAACAGGAGCAGAUGCAGUAUUCGCUGUCCGACCUCCAACAAAAACUGUCUGUGAAGACCUCCGAGCUGCACGCCGCUAACGAACAGAUGGAAAGUCAGGAUGAGACCAUAGGGAUGUUGCGUCAGCAGGUGGCCAAGCACAAGCAAGAGGCGGAGCGGCUUCAUCUCUCAUUCUCUGCGCUGGAUAAGGAGAAAGAUGGCCUGCAAGAUGAGGUGGAUCAAAAAGCAGAGAAGCUGGUUGUUCUUCAGGAGGAACUUGAAAAUAAGGCAAAGACACUUCAGGAUGUUAGGCACACAGUCACCGCGAUGGACAAAUCUGUGGCUCAACUGCAGGGGGCGCUCAAUAGCCGCGAGAGGGAGAUCGCCAGUCUCAGGAAACAGCUCGACGAAGCCCAGAUGGAGGUGGCGGGACUACAGAAAACCAAAGAGAUCACAGUCAGGGAGAAGAGGAGGCUUCAGGAUGACCUGGCGACGAUGACCAGAGAGAACCAAGCGGUCAACGUGGAGAUGGAGGAGGCUUUGCGUGAGCGCGACGAGCUGAAACUGAGAGUGCACUCUUACAUAAGUGCAGUGGCCAGGAUUGAGAACCUGUUGCAGACAAAGGAUCAGGAGAACCUGGACCUGCUGGAGCGCUACCGCACGGCCCACUUGGACGUGGAGGAGCGGGAGCGCAGGCUGCAGCAGAUCGAGGAGCUGAAGAACUCCAUCCGCCUGGAGCUCCUCUCGUCCGACACGGAACGCCGGCACCUGCGUGAAACCGUCAGCCACAAGGAGCUUGAGAUCCAGCAGAAUAUGCAAGCUCUGCAGGCGUACGAGGGCAAAGUGUCAACGCUGGCUCGAACCAUGGCCCGACUUGAGGAAGAGCUGCGCAAGGCCCAGGAGGAGAAAGCGUCUCUCGCCUCCGAUUUGGCCUCGGUCAGGGAGCUUUGCGUCAAGCUGGACUCUGCCAAAGAGCUCACCGUGCGACAGGUCACAUCCAAGAGCAUGGAACUCGAGAGGGUGGAGGGAGAGCUGGAGGACGUGCGCUCCGAAGCGCAGCUGCUGAAAAAGCAGCUGACCAGCGAGCGGCUGGCGGGGCAAAAUCUGGGGAAAUUGCUGUCCACCAAUCGCCAGAAGGAGGUCCAGACACAACGAGUCCGGGGAGCCGGCAGCCCCGCUCGUAGUCCGGUCCGGAGCAGGAGUCCGGCGGGCAAGGGAGGCGUUGCCGAGUCAGACUUGCUCACUUUGGGGAAGGAGCGAGACGAGCUGAAGGCGGCUCUGCAGGAUGUGGAGGUGCGCAUGGAGGACAUCCAGACCAACGUGAAAGCUCUCACUUCUGAGAGAGACCACUUCAAAGUUAUGUUUUACCAGGCGCAAGAGCAGCUGAAGGACGCCCGUCAAAGCUCAAGCACGUCCGAUGACGUCUUGAACCUGAAAGAGGAACUGAGGCUGGCAGAAAGUAAAAUCCUGCAGGUUAAGGCAGAGCGAGACUUGCUGAUGGAGGAAUUUCAGGUUGGCCAGACAUCGGCUCUUCCAAAUGGACAUGGGCAAGAAAAGCGGAUACUCGACAUGCAGAAUGGCAUUCACAUUCUGGAACGGGAGAACUUAGAGCUGCGUUCGCAGCUCUUCGUGCUAAAAGACAGCAAGCGGGACAUGGAGCAGAAGCUGGACGUCCAGUCAAGUGCGCUGCUUCAAAAUGCCGAAGAGGCAGCGCAGCACAGGAAAACGGCUUCUGCAUUGAGGCUGCAACAGGAGCAGAUGCAGUAUUCGCUGUCCGACCUCCAACAAAAACUGUCUGUGAAGACCUCCGAGCUGCACGCCGCUAACGAACAGAUGGAAAGUCAGGAUGAGACCAUAGGGAUGUUGCGUCAGCAGGUGGCCAAGCACAAGCAAGAGGCGGAGCGGCUUCAUCUCUCAUUCUCUGCGCUGGAUAAGGAGAAAGAUGGCCUGCAAGAUGAGGUGGAUCAAAAAGCAGAGAAGCUGGUUGUUCUUCAGGAGGAACUUGAAAAUAAGGCAAAGACACUUCAGGAUGUUAGGCACACAGUCACCGCGAUGGACAAAUCUGUGGCUCAACUGCAGGGGGCGCUCAAUAGCCGCGAGAGGGAGAUCGCCAGUCUCAGGAAACAGCUCGACGAAGCCCAGAUGGAGGUGGCGGGACUACAGAAAACCAAAGAGAUCACAGUCAGGGAGAAGAGGAGGCUUCAGGAUGACCUGGCGACGAUGACCAGAGAGAACCAAGCGGUCAACGUGGAGAUGGAGGAGGCUUUGCGUGAGCGCGACGAGCUGAAACUGAGAGUGCACUCUUACAUAAGUGCAGUGGCCAGGAUUGAGAACCUGUUGCAGACAAAGGAUCAGGAGAACCUGGACCUGCUGGAGCGCUACCGCACGGCCCACUUGGACGUGGAGGAGCGGGAGCGCAGGCUGCAGCAGAUCGAGGAGCUGAAGAACUCCAUCCGCCUGGAGCUCCUCUCGUCCGACACGGAACGCCGGCACCUGCGUGAAACCGUCAGCCAUAAGGAGCUUGAGAUCCAGCAGAAUAUGCAAGCUCUGCAGGCGUACGAGGGCAAAGUGUCAACGCUGGCUCGAACCAUGGCCCGACUUGAGGAAGAGCUGCGCAAGGCCCAGGAGGAGAAAGCGUCUCUCGCCUCCGAUUUGGCCUCGGUCAGGGAGCUUUGCGUCAAGCUGGACUCUGCCAAAGAGCUCACCGUGCGACAGGUCACAUCCAAGAGCAUGGAACUCGAGAGGGUGGAGGGAGAGCUGGAGGACGUGCGCUCCGAAGCGCAGCUGCUGAAAAAGCAGCUGACCAGCGAGCGGCUGGCGGUGCAAAAUCUGGAGAAAUUGCUGUCCACCAAUCGCCAGAAGGAGUUCCAGACACACCUGACGGCCAGCGAGAAGGAGUCCGAGCUCAAGGUCCUGCGCGACAGGCUCACGCUGGCCGACAACAAGAACGCCGAGCACGCGAGGGACGUGUCCAACCUGCGCAACAAAGUCUGUCAGCUGCAGACAGAGAUGGACGUCCUCAACAGACAGCUGACGUCAGAGCGCUUUGAACGCGAGAGGGCCGUGCAGGAGAUGCGGCGGCGAGGCCUGUCCGUCUCUCCGCUGCGGAGCUCGUCGUCGCUCAACGUCUCGACGGGUUCGCAGCGCACGUCCGUCACCAGCUCCACUCCACAGUCAGACAAUUAAUACAUCAUUCUUUUCAUUCAUCUACAGUAGAUACAGUGAUACCUUGAGCAUCAUAAGGUUGAUUUCAACAAUUAUGUUGGAUGACUUUAGCUUUAAUUCGAAGAACUGUCAGGUUCUAGCACGUGGGCAAGGAGAGCUAGAGUUGUCAGUGCACUUUUUUUUUUCUCCCCUCAGUGUCCUCCAUAAAUGAAAUGACUAUAGAACGUCCCUACUAGAAGUUGCCAGCGAGUAUUUAUUGAGCCAUAGCAUUAUGCUUGAAUUGUUUCACGCACGUCUUGGAUUUUCACAUUUUCUGUACAAUAUAACAUCUGUUUACCUCUAUCCUUUUUUUCCACUCAUGUUCUAAAUAUAUAUUGUGUACAUACUGACAUUUGUUGAAUAAACAUGACAUUGUGUUUUCAUACAGUUGGGAAGAUGAGACAUUUCUGCUCCUGUUUAUUCAAUUAAAUACAUUUUUAAAUAACAAGAAUGAGCAUAUACGGUAAGGUAAUUAUUUUUCGUGGGUGGGCGGGGGGGGGAGGUGGCACCUGUUUAAGCCACCGAAAACAUUGAGACAUUUCUUAACUUUUUUAAUCAAUUCAGUAGUGAGUUCUUCAAUGAACAUUUGA